AUCUGACUGGCAUACCUCAGUCUCUAAGCUUAGCUAUGAAGUGGCAAAUACAUAUCUUGGGAGGACUCCUGCUCCUACUUGCAAUUGCAAGUGGAAAAAAGUAUGAAAGAUGCGAACUUGCUAGGGUUCUGAAAAAGGGAGGACUUGGCGGCUUCAGAGGUUACAGUCUGGAAAAUUGGAUUUGUACCGCAUACUAUGAGAGUGGCUUCAACACAGCCAGCACAAACUACAAUCCACCUGACAAGAGCACUGAUUAUGGCAUUUUUCAAAUGAAUAGUCGAUGGUGGUGCAAUGAUAACAAGACCCCCGGAAGUAAAAAUGCUUGCAAUAUCAACUGCAAAGCACUGUUAACUGACAAUAUAAGUCAAGCUAUAAAAUGUGCAAAGCGUGUUGUGAGUAAUUCCAAUGGCAUGAAUGCAUGGGUUGCAUGGAGAAAGUACUGUAAGGGCAAAAAGUUAGCAAAGUGGACUCAAGGAUGCAAACUUUAAUACUGAAGAUCUAUUGUGGCCGUCUCAUAGCUUUUGCUCAGUAUAUUUUAUAAUCAAUAACUAAACUUAUGCAAUCGCACAUUGUCUACAUAUUUCAUUGAUUUCUAUAGCUGCAAAGACUCAUCACAGUGGAUUAGAGGAUACAACAUUUAUCACUGAAAAUUUAUUGUAAUUUUUUCAUAGCUUUUGCUCAGUAUGUUUCAUAAUUAAUAACUAAAGCUUCUAAUAAACUGACUAAAGCAAUGGCA